AUGGCAUUCCAAGCUCUCCGAUCCGUCAACCUCCGCGCAGCAGCGGGCUCCCUGAGAGCUCCCUCGACAACACGCGCCCUCACCGGCACGGCGACCGCACGCCUGCCGUACAAGGACACCCAAGACCGCAACUCCAUCAACACGGGCACCACGGAGGCGACCAAGUCGGGGCGCGACCAGGACGCCGCCAAGGACUCUGAGGCGUUUGACCCGUCCAAGACGCGGCCCGAGACGGAGCGCAAGGAGGGCAGCGACGAGCUCCACGCCUCCGGUGCGAAUCAGAAGCUGUCGAAGCCGCAAGGCGAGAACCCGAGUGGAAAGGGCGCGGGCAAGGAGGUUAGGAAAGGAGGAAAGAGCGGCGGUGGCAGCGCCCCGAAGGCGGGUACCGCUUGA